AUGAAGAUCGAGGUCGAUUCAUUCUCAGGCAAUAAGAUCUACCCUGGAAAAGGUAAAAUCUAUGUCAGGGCGGAUAACAAGAAAUUAAAUCCUCGUAAAAUCUGCUGGACGCAAGUAUAUCGUCGUAUGCACAAAAAAGGUAUUACCGAAGAGGUUGCAAAGAAACGUACCCGUCGUACGGUUAAACAUGAACGUGCAAUUGUUGGCGCAUCAUGGGAUGCCAUCAAGUCCAAACGUAAUCAAAAGCCAGAAGUGAGAGCUGCUGCCCGUGCCGCAGCUGUUCGUGAAGGCAAAGAAAAAAAGAAGCAAGAGCAGGCUAAGAGGAAAGCUGAGAAAGCAAAGACUGCGCAAGCUGCAUUUCGUGGACAAACUAAAUUUUCCAAACAACAAGCUCGUGGUGCUCAGGGAAAAGUUGCUGCAAAGAGUCGUUAA